CACAGAAUAUUUAAGUUGAAUACUAGUAACCCGACCGGAUUAUACGCUGAACAGAAAAAACCGAUUUUUAGUGCUAAGCAAUAGAAAAGAUGUCAGCGAGCAAUAAGCCUGAUGACUCCACAAAUCCCAUGGAAGUGCUUACCGAGGGGAUGAAAAAGGAUGAUGUGCACCUGCGCCUCAUCUCGAUCAGAAAACUCUCCUCCAUUGCCUUGAUCCUGGGGGCGGAACGCACACGCUCUGAGAUGUUACCCUUCAUCAAGCAGAUCCUACUCGAUGCGGAUAUGGUGAUCCUGUCGGUGGCCGAACAAUUGGGCAACUUUACCAGUCUCGUGGGCGGACCUGAGUUUGCCAAUCUUCUGUUACCGCCACUCGAGUUUUUGGCUACCGUCAAGGAUGACGCGGUGCGUUACCAGGCCGCUCAAUCACUGCGUAUCGUGGUGGCUAAACACAGUGCCCAGGAUAUGGAAAUAUAUGUGGUGCCGAUGCUGCAACGUCUCGCCUCGGACGUCUUUUUUACCUCACGCACCUCGGCCUGCUGUUUCUUUUCGAUCUGCUAUCCUCGGGUCACUCCACCCGUAAAGGCAAAGCUUCGCACCGAUUUCCGCAAGCUGUGCCUGGACGAAUCGCCCGUGGUUCGUGGUAAGGCAGCCUCCGAGCUUGGGGAGUUCGCCAAGGUCAUCGAGACGGAGUUCGUCAGGUUGGAUGUGAUUCCCGACUUUUUGAUGCUGGCACAAGAUGACACAGACACUGUUCGUUCAAUUAUGGUUAAAACAUGCAUCAGUCUGGCUCAAGUGCUGCUCCCGGAAGAGGUGACAUUGCUGGUUUGGCCAACACUUCGAGAUUAUUCCAGGGAUACGUGCUGGCGUGUACGCUUAAUGUUGGCCCAAAAUUUAGUGGACUUGCAGAAGGCAGUAAGCCCCAUAAUGUCGCUGGUCGAGCUGUUGUCCAUAUUCCAGACCUUGCUCAAGGAUACCGAUGCUGGUGUACGCAUUGGGGCGGCCGUCAAGAUAAAACAUUUCUGUGGCAAUCUGGACAAGGCCAACCAGGUACCGAUCCUAGUCAAUUGUUUUAUGCCAUUUAUUCAGAAUUUGGUCUCGGACACGAGUGCCGAAGUCAAGGCAACUAUGGCCCUUGUUGUUCUGGCCCUUAGCCAAUUGAUGGGCUCCACUCUGACCAUGGAGAAGCUGAUGCCCUUGCUACACAUUCUGGUCAAGGACACGUGUCCGGAAGUGCGCCUGGAUGUUAUAUCAAAUUUGAAUUGGCUGGACGAUGUCAUUGGUAUACAGCAGCUAUCGGUGUCUCUGUUGCCCGUCAUCAUUGAGCUGGCCGAGGAUUCCUCUUGGCAGGUGCGUCUGGCCGUUAUUGACUACAUGCCCAACCUGGCCGCUGUAAUGGGUCAAGAGUUCUUUGACCAAAAGCUACGCUGUCUUUGCAUGGGUUGGCUCACUGAUCGUGUCUAUGCUGUUCGCGAGGCUGGAGUAAUCAACAUGAGGAAGCUAAUCCUAAAAUUCGGAGCUUCUUGGGCAACGAAGUCCAUUAUUCCCCUGAUCAUGACCAUGUCUUGCAAUGACAUCUAUUUGUACCGAAUGACCUGCCUCUUUUGCGUUAACGAAUUGGCCAUGUUCUGCGGCAUGGACACUACCACUAAUAUAAUGCUGCCCACUGUACUCCUACUCUCCGAGGAUCCCAUUGCCAAUGUCCGUUUUAAUGUGGCAAAAACCCUAAAGAAGAUCUUUCCCUUUUUGGAGGCCAGUGUUAUGGAUGCCAAGGUUAAGCCAGCUUUGGACAAACUUAGGGCUGACGAAGAUGUGGAUGUCCAGAAUUUUGCUGCAGAUGCCAUUGCCGCUUUACCAGCAGCUUAAUCUCAAUCCCAAUCUGUUUGAAUCUUUAAAAUUGUUUGUAUUGUUUUUAAAUUGUAUUUAACAUUUUAUGCACACUUAAGUUAAUAAUGAAAAAUUGUAGUGAAACCCCAGAAAAAAUGCUAAUAGAA